AUGGUCAUCACUAAAAGUAAUACUUCUAUGGUUCAAACCUUUAUUACUCGGCUUUUUAAGGAAUUCUCCAUGAAGGAUUUGGGUGAUCUUCAUUAUUUUCUCGGCGUUGAAGUCCAAGCUAAUGAGAAAGGUUUGUUUCUCAGUCAAACGAAGUAUGCUCUUAAUCUUUUGCAACGUGCUUCCAUGAUUGAUGCAAAGUCUAUUUCUACACCCUUUGUUGUCGGUCAGUACCUCUCAGUCGAAGGAAAGCUGUUCUCCGACCCUAUUAUGUUUCGUUCUCAUGCCGGUGCUCUUCAAUACUUGACUAUCAUCAGGCCUAAUCUCUCCUUCAGUGUGGAGAGAUUCAACUGA